CCAGCGCCAACGUCGAGCGUACGCUCCCUUUUCUCACUCUCGCUCUCGCUCCGUUUCUCCGAGUGUGCGAAAUAAAGGAAAUCCAACGUUGCUGGAAUGCCAACGAGAGAACGGUGAUAACGAGAUAGCAGAGGACAACAACGUUGGCUUGCGAACGAAUGAGAAGGGAUAAUUCGGUCAGCGGCAGGUUGUCGCGUGCAACGACGACGACGACGACGACGACGAGGGCGGAAGAAAGAACGACAGGAGACUUCUGCUGUGGUGGCUGCGCGACCAGCGCGUGACCGGAAACUGCCGGAAAGGAGGGGGAGGAUCAAAAGCCAGGACACGCGCGCGUCCCCCGUCGCACGCGCUCGCUCUUUCCUUUUUGCCCUCUCGCCCUGCGGCCCCGUCUCGCCGAAAGCUCGAUUUACUGCUCACGCCUUCUCCCCCUCCCCCUCCUUUUUUCUCGUGCUUCCUCUUCUGCCUCGCGAUCGAGCCCGGAUUAACGCCUACGAUCGCAAAGCCCGACUGUCGCGCGUGAGCUUUCUUGUGCGCGUCGAUUCAAGACCGUUAGAUGUGUAUGUGCCCGUUGUGAUCAAGGACGACAAUGGGAUGCAACACGAGCAAGGAAAGUGUACAGCAAGCCGUCGACGACGCCAAGGAGGACGUUAAAGACGUUGUUAACUCGGCUAAGAAUAAUGUCAUAGAUACCGUCAAUGCGGCCAAAGAUAUGGUCGAAGACAUGAUCAACGGCGAGGCUAAGAAUGGCGACGUACCCAAGUCCGCGGAGACCGUCACAGCGGACGAUAGCAAUCCCAGGGAGGAAAAAGAAGGUGACGAGGGAGCAAAAGAGGAAGAGGUGCAAGGAGGAGGAGACGAAGAAGAAACAGACAGGAGAAAAGACGAAGAGGAGGAAGCUGCUACUAGGAUACAGGCAGCUUUCCGUGGUCACAAGACACGGAAGAGUAUGAAAGAGACUGACUCGGCUAAACAGAACGCCGAGACAGAACCUACCAAAGAAGAGCUCGAAAAGGAAUUCAAGGAGGACGAUCCGGAGCUGCUAGACGCAGCGGUGAAAAUCCAGUCAACUUUCCGAGGCUACAUGUCGAGAAAGGUCGAUCAGGCAGCCGGAGCAGCCAAGGAGCUCGCGGACAAUGCCGCGCAGAAAAUUGACGAGAAGGUCACAGAUGCGGUGAACGAGCUGGAGGGUAUCGAUCUGUCGGACCCAGACCUUCAUAAAGCCGCGACAAAGAUUCAAGCUAGCUUCCGUGGCCAUAAGGUUCGUCAGGAAGUGCCUAUUUCAGGCGUGGAUGAGAAGAAGUAAACACUCGACUAUUUCUCUAUCUUUAUCUCUCCCCGCAAGAAAUAAAAAAAAAUGAAAAAAAAUGUAAAAACAGCAUGUCGUCACCAACAGCGAUUAUUGAAACAGCGCUGAGCGCAAUGACGCGCAUUAUUCACACGCCCGAUGUACAUUCCAGAAAAGAAACACAUGGUCUAAUUACACACACAGACAUAUACAUAAAUGCACAUAAAAACUUAUACAGUUUUAUUUUACGUUCUUCGUAAUUUUUAAUAUUACAUAAAACGGUGAUAAGCACACGAGUUAAAGCUGAGUUGUGUUUUCAUUUCGAGUGAAAAGCUUCUUUUUUCUUCUUUAUUUUAUCUAAACGAAAACAUUGACAUUGCAUCUACAAACAAAGUUUGAGCGAUACGGCUACAGUGAAGGGGCACACGUAAGAAGUUUUCCAUUCCGCCUGUAAGCGAAAAAUUUGAAUGUGAAAAAUGUCUAGACAAUGAUGAUACAUUACGCAAACGCACCGACCUGAAUUUCAAAUUCAAAUAAAGCGUAGCAUAUAGCGCGAUAUAUCGAUCUACAAAAGUUAUACAUCCAUGCAGAAAAACCAAAUUUAACUUCAUUUCCCGGCGUUCUAUCGAUUUCUUUAACAGAAAUGUUUUUCCAUACAUUCAAUUAAAUUACACGAGGAUACAAAGAACAAACAAACAAACAAACUGUAAGUGUACCUGAGUAUUUUUGAGAUUCGUCGUACAUAUUGAGUACACAUAAAAAAGUGAAACAAAAAAAUGUAACACUCUUGCAGGAGCGUGACGCGUCGAUUUAUGCAAAAUGGGAACAAAUUUUUUUCUCCUCUAUCGCGAAUCUCUCUCCUAACCCCUUUUCUCCCGUCGCGCAUCUUUCGCUCUCUUAUAUGAUACGUAACAUUAUACAUUAAACAUGCCAUCGAUGAAAAGCUACUUGCAGAAAAAUUCCAUCGUCAGACCUCGUAAUAUUCCACACGCGCGUAUACCGAUAUGAAUCGAAUGAAACUCAUUUUUUCACAUCAACAAUAUGACAUAUAUACCUAUAUAGUACGUAUAUAUUUGGCACAGUAUUAUUGUACACCUAUACGUACCUUGGGUUUUCAAUCAAAAUGAAAUUUUUUUUUGCCUGUCGCCUCUUGCAAGGUUUUUUUGCAUUUUUUUCAAUAAUUUUUCAAUAAAUUACGUAUAUUCUUGUUCUUGUAAACAAAAAAUGAGUAAUAAUUAUGUGCAAUUUCACAGAUUUCUUCGAUGUUGUAGACAUACUAAAUAUAAAAAUGAGUGAGAUUGUAUUCGAAUUCAAAAUGAAAUUGAUAUAAGAUUAUGCGUAUUGAAGGAAUUGAUAUUUAUCGAUGGAUGGAUGACGGUUUUAUUCAUGAAAAUUUAAUACGGUUGGAAAAUACUAAGUAUUUGAAUUCUUUCUCUACGGACUUGUUUAUUGAUGAAGUAAAGAAAAAUAGGAAAUAAUUCCUCUAUGAGGACAAUCAAUAUCAUCGUAUGAACAGUUUUCGUUCCGCGCGAAUCAAACAGUUUUUUUUUU